AUGAAGCAUAAAUUGACACUUACUGCAAUAGUCUGCUCUGCACUUACACUUGCAGCAGCAAAACAGACACCAUGCUCUGCCAACAACAUCAAGACACCAGAAUACUUCGGCCUCGAGGUCCUCAACAUCCAAGCACAAGAGGUAAAAGACUAUAAUGAAUGGGGGAUCAUGGCCCCGAUGUUCCAAAUCGCCAGCGAACCAAAACCAGUAACCUUCUGCAACGUAACAGUGACCUACACCCACCCUGGUACAAACGACAACGUGAACGUCUGCAUCGCGCUCCCCACUUCAGAUUGGAAUGAGCGAUUCAUCGCACUGGGUGGCGGAGGUCUAUCAGGUGGAUUCUCAGAAGCGCAUAUCGCAGGACUUGCCGCAGGCUACGCCACUGCUCUCACCGACUCUGGUCACUCCAUGGACCCCGUCAACGCGAGUAGCUGGGCGCUCAAGAGUCCUGGAAAUAUUGACUGGCAGUUGCUGCAAGACAAUGGGUACCUAACUUUGGACGACAUGACGGCGAUUUCGAAGCAAGUUGUCUCGAGCUUCUAUGGGAAGCCAGCUAAGUACUCCUACUGGAAUGGAUGCUCCAAUGGUGGUCGGCAAGGCUUAGUGCAGGCACAGCGAUAUCCAAAGAACUACGACGGUAUUCUAGCGGCGGCACCAGCGAUUGACUGGGCCAGCUUUACGGUCGGUAUGCAUUGGGCGCAUGUGCAGAUGAUCAAGCAUGACUAUGUACCUGCAGCUUGUGAGCUCGCUGCCGUCCACGAAUUGGUCAUAGAAGCUUGUGACGAGCUCGAUGGCGUCAAAGACGGCGUGAUCUCUGCUCCUGGCCUUUGUCACUUCGAUGCUAAAGACGCAGUGGGGCGAAAGUGCUGCUCAAGCAAAUCGACAAUCACGAAGAAGACAGCAGACAUUGUGAAUGCUGUCUGGGCCGGAGCCGAACAGGACGGACAAGCGAGACGCCCUGGUCAGGGUCGAGACAUGCCCUUCGGCCCUGAGCAACAGGAGGCGAUUGGCACGGGUGGCCUAGCACAGACAUGGUGUGAAGACGGCAAGUGCCGACAAAUACCCUUCAUGAUCAGUGCACAGUGGUUGCAGUACUUCAUUGCGAAGGAUCCGGACUAUAAUCCGUUGAAGAUGAGCGAGGACGAGUUCUUCAACUUUCUGCGGAGAUCUUCGCAAGAGUACGGUUCCGUGAUGAAUGCUGAUUGGACUGAUCUGAGCGAGUUCAAGGCCGCUGGUGGAAAGAUGAUUACAUGGCACGGCCUUGCUGAUGAGCUCCUCCUUCCCAACACCACAGCCCAAUACUACGACCAGGUCCUGGAGCAAGAUCCGAGCGCACGUGACUAUUACCGCUACUUCGAGGCGCCUGGAGUGGGCCACUGCUUCGGCGGCCCUGGAUACUACCCUGGCAAUGUGUGGGAUUCCCUUGUCGACUGGGUCGAGAAAGGGAAAGCACCGGAAGAGCUGGAGGGUGCGUCGCCUGCUGGCGCAAGUAGACCGAUCUGCCAGUAUCCAAAGGUGGCGAGGUAUGUCGGUGGUGAUGCGAAGGAUGCUUCGUCGUUUGAGUGUGCGGAAGACUUUGGGACCAAGAAGGCGGAUGCGAAUGGGAAGGAUGAGCUUUGA